AGGCCUGACCCUGGUAGAGAUGUUAAAGGAUGGGGAAUGAAUGACAGAGGAGUUUCAUAGAGCUUUGGUGCAGACAAGGUGUCAGAAUUCUCAAUGAAGCAUGAUUUAGAUCUUGUCUGCCGCGCGGAUCAGGUUGUGGAGGAUGGUUACGAAUUCUUUGCUGAUGAGAAACUUUUUACAAUAUUUUCAGCACCUAACUACUGUGGUGAAUUUGAUAAUGCUGGUGCAAUGACGAGUGUAGAUGAAAAGCCGGUGUGUUCUUUCCAGAUUCUUAAGUCAACGGAGAACAAAGCAAAGUUCAUGUCCACAAAAUGUGAUGGUUGCAGCUCAUUUAUUAUGGCUUAAAAGUCUUUACCAAGGUCAGCUGAAUAGAAUUAUUUUUGGUUCUAAUUUCUUAUUAUCGAUUGAAUGGUUGGUGAUUUUCUGGUGUUUGUGCUCAGUAGUGCAUAUCUAUAUUUAUGAUAUCAAUAAAGUACAUUUAU